GCGAGAUGAAGGAAGGCAGGCAGACUCGUUUCAUAAGGAAGACUGCUAAGGAAAAGUUUCGACUAGUAUUUUGGCGGUUCUCAGCGCUAUGCUGGGAUGAACGUUGUGUUUGUAUAAAGGAAGCCUGAGAUCCUGUCCUAUUCAUCCGUCUCAUCAUCACCAACAAUCCAAACAAUUCAUCUAAACAACAAACCAAACUCCAAACCACCCUUUUUAAUCACCUCAACCGCAAAAAUGGUCCGCAUUGCUAUCGCCACCGUCAUCGCCUUUGCCGUCACUGCCUUUGCUGUCGGCGACCCUGCUGGCGCCGCCAACGUUGGAAACGGCAAGGGAAAGCAGUUCAUCACUGGUGCUUGCUUGAGCAACGCUGACUGCGCGUCUGGCUGCUGUGCCGGUCUUGGUGAUGGCGCCGUCUGCUCCGGCCCUGCUGUCGGCAAUGCUGCCGGCAAGCGUGGCUGCGGCUUCCCCGAUGUAGGAGGCCCCGGUGCCGGUGCUGCUCCCAAGAAGCAAAAGGCUCGUCCUGCUGGAUGCCCUCCUUGCGCUCGCGGCUUCGAGUAA